GACAGCGCGUGCAGCCCCGGUCCCCGCCGCCGCCUCACUGGCUCCACACACCGAUCUGUGGCCGCGGGAGAGGCUCGUCUGCCCGGGUUCCCUUCACCUCCUCCUCCUCCUCCUUCUCCUCCUCUCCGGACUGCAUGUUCAGCCACACCGCCUCCCUCUGCGUCUUCAGCCCCGGCGACCAUGGACAGUCGGGUACUCGAGCAUCCUCACGCCCAGUUCGGAGGCUCCCUGGCCGGGCUGGUGGGCUUCCCGUACCCGCUCGGUGCCCACCACCACCCGCAUCACCACCACCACCAUCCACACCAGCACGUCUACGAGCUCGCCGGCGGGCACCAGCUGCAGUCCGCGGCCGCCGUGCCCUUCUCCAUAGACGGAUUACUUAACGGCUCCUGCUCGGCCUCGGUGGUCAGCUCCAACCCGCUGCUGUCGCCUGACGGCCCGCAGUACAAACUCUCAG